GGAUGCCCCUUGGCCCCAGAGACCCACUGGCUGCCUUUGGGCAAGGCCCCUCCUUCUCCCUCAGAGGAAGGCAGUGAAUGGCACAUGAUCUGAGCAAGUCUCACCAGGAACAAGGCCCAGCAGCAGCAGCAGCAGCAGCCUCAGUCGCCACAAGUCGGAAAGGGCUGGAAGGCCCACAAAAGGCAAAGGAGGCUGCAAUAGGACCCUGGCACAGGGCUCUUGAAAGGCCAAAGCGUUACAGCGCCAACGUUUUCCCCAAUUUGUGUGCACACUGCAGUAAAACAAAACAACAAAACACUGCAAGGAAGAACUAUUGAUGCACUCACUACUGAUGUAUCUGUAGCACAAUACAGCUGUAUGAAGAUGAAGACAAACAGUGGGAGUGUUCAGGGGAAGGGCAGAAAUGCCAAUGAAUGGAAGGCCAUGCGUGCGCUAAUAAUGUCUAAGCUUGAAUUAGAACUGAAGAGUUAAAUCGAAGGAACCAAGGAACAACUGGUGCAAAUGUCCCAGAGCAAGCGUCCUUGUCAGCCUUCAGAACUAAAGUACAGCAUCCCUCUCGUCUUGUGCAUCUCAUGCCCUUCUCUGUGGGCAGUCAGUCCACCUUGAAAAGUGACCCACUGAAGCAAGGUUUGUCCUUGUUUGCAGAGAAGAAAUGAACUGGAGGGUGAUGCUGACGUUGGAGAACUUGGCUCAGCUGCAUCGUGCUUGCAGACAGCUGCACUCUCUGGCUUAUGGGAAAGUACACCGAACACAGUGGAAGCCUGUCUUGUCAUCUGCCUGCCCCAUGUGCCCGGUUCAGCUGCACCCUCUGUUCUGGCAGCCAGACACAGUGUCACAAUUUAGGCUUCUAACCACCAAGGAGAGAAAGAAGUCCAACAAAGAAAAACUGCGACCAAUACAAUCAAAAACAGAGAAACAGGAAGUUGAGAUCCGACCCAGGAUGACUGUGGAAGACCUAGCAAGAGCAAUGCAUAAAGACAAAGAUCAUAUAUAUGAAGCAUUGCUAAACACAAGUGUCGAUCUGGACUCACUAGAACCAGGUUCAAUCUUAGAUGAAGCAUGGAUCAAAGACAUCAUUAAAAAAUCUGGCAUGAAGUACAAAUGGGCCAAGUUGAAAGAAGAAAAAAUCAAAGAAAACAAAGAUGCUGUAAGGAGGCCUCCAGCAGAUCCAGCUUUAUUAAUCCCAAGGCCUCCAGUUGUUACCAUACUAGGCCACGUUGACCAUGGGAAAACCACACUGCUUGACAGCCUGCGAAAAACUCAGGUGGCAGCAACAGAGGCAGGAGGCAUCACCCAGCACAUUGGGGCUUUUCUAGUGCAUUUGCCUUCUGGGGAAAAGAUAACAUUCCUGGAUACUCCUGGCCAUGCUGCAUUUUCAGCCAUGAGGGCAAGAGGCACACACAUCACUGACAUUGUUAUAUUAGUGAUUGCUGCAGAAGAUGGUGUGAUGAGACAGACUGUGGAAUCGAUUCAGCAUGCUAAAAAUGCCAAAGUUCCUAUUAUUGUUGCCAUCAACAAAUGUGACAAGCCUGGAGCUGAUCCUGAAAGAGUGAAGAAAGAACUGCUGGUUCAUGAUGUAGUUUGUGAAGAAUAUGGAGGAGAUGUUCAGACUGUCCAUAUCUCUGCAUUAAAGGGAGACAAUUUGAUGGCUUUAGCUGAGGCUACCGUAGCUCUUGCUGAGGUGCUGGAACUGAAGGCAGACUGCACAGGCCUGGUAGAAGGUACCAUAGUAGAGUCUCGCACUGAUAAAGGAAAAGGUCCAGUGACCACUGCCAUCAUCCAAAGAGGUACUCUGAGAAAGGGCUGUAUUCUGGUUGCAGGAAAAAGCUGGGCCAAAGUGCGCCUGAUGUUCGAUGAGAAUGGCAAACCCAUGGAAACUGCCUCUCCGGCCAUGCCAGUGGAGAUUGUGGGGUGGAAGGAGGUCCCUUCAGCAGGAGAGGAAAUCCUUGAAGUAGAGUCUGAGCAAAGAGCUCGUGAAGUUGUUGAAUGGCGGACGUAUGCUGAGCAGCAAGAGAAAGCAAAGAAGGAUAUGGAAGUCAUAGAAGCAAAACAGAAGGAGCAUCAGGAUGCCUACAAGAAGGUGCGAGAAGACCUGAUCAACCUGACCUGGAGACAGAGGAGGGCAGUGUUGUUCAAAGCCAAAAGGCAUGAGAUGGCUCUUCGACCUAAAGAAAGAAUGGAGAGCGAGAAAAACACGCUCCCAGUUAUUAUCAGAGGUGAUGUUGAUGGCUCCGUGGAAGCCAUUUUGAAUAUCCUCGACACCUAUGAUGCAGAUGAGGAGUGUGAGUUAGAUGUCAUCCAGUUUGGGGUUGGAGACAUUGGUGAAAGUGACAUACAUCUUGCAGAAACAUUUAAAGGCAUUAUAUAUGGGUUCAAUGUGAAUGCAAAUAAAUCUGUUCAGAAGCUGGCUGCUAAGAAAGGAAUAAAGAUAAAAAUGCACAACAUCAUCUACCGGCUUGUUGAAGACUUACAGGAGGAACUCAGCCACACUUUGCCCCCUUCUGUGGAGGACCAAGUAUUAGGAGAAGCUGUUGUGCUAGCAACCUUUGAAGUCACAGAAGGAAAAAGUAAAAUCCCAGUAGCUGGCUGCAGAGUACAAAAGGGGCUGUUAGAUAGAAAGAUGAAGUUUAAAUUAAUUCGGAAUGGUGAAAUUGUUUGGACAGGAUCCUUGUCAUCACUAAAGCACCAUAAGGAUGAUAUCUCCAUAGUUAAGACUGGGAUGGAUUGUGGACUUAGUUUUGAAAAGAACAUUCAGUUUGAGGCUGGAGAUGAAAUUGUUUGUUUCAAUGAAAAGGAAGUGGAGCAAAAGAUUUCAUGGGACCCAGGAUUUUAAAUCACAGACAAUACAAGAUGUGAUGGACUGAGACACAUGGAUUAUGGUUGAUGUUCACAAGGUGUACAUAAGAGCCUCCACAGACUUAAGAUUUGCUAAUUCUGUAUUUCAAGAUGCUGACCCGCUCUUUCACAUGUGUGUGGGUUGAUCCCUGAUGUGGUAAACUGUGCCUGUAUUUUCAUGAUAACAUGUCUGGAUCUUAUCUUUCUGGACAGACAAUAAUAAUCAUGAGUUUUGGUAUCUCUUGUUUCUUUCACAUUAUGCGGGCAAGAAUAGAGUGACAGACCAACAGCCAUUCCUAAACCUAAGUCUGUUCCAUGUUUUCAUUCUAAUCCAGUUGUGUGCCUUCAAGUUGUUUCUGACUUAUGACAACCCCAUCACAGGGUUUUCCUGGCAAGAUUGUUCAGAAGGGGGUUUGCCUUUGCCUCCCUCUGAGGCUGAGCGUGAGUUGCCCAAGGUCACCCAGUGGGUUUCUAUGGCUGAGCAGGGAUUCGAUUCCUGGUCUCCAGAGUUAUAGUCCAAUGCUCAAACUACUACACUCUUCAAAUUCCAAUGACACAACUAGUUAAGAUGUGGAUAUUUAAAAAACAUAGGUGUUUAUCACACUAUACUCUUAUAGUGCUACUAUUCCACUUUAACUGCUCUAACUACCUCCUGUUGCA